UGAUUAGUAAAAGCUUAGAAGCAAUCAAAGGGGAAGACCCAGCUAGCAACUAGUACAGAAAACGCGGUGGAGUUGGUCAAAAGAAAUACUGUACUAAGCAAUAGUACAUAAUUGACCAACGAAACAACAACAGCACAGCACAACCAUCUCUCAAAAAUCUUCAACUUAACCGAAUCCAAGCUCAUUUAUCACCACGAUCCGAAAAUGCAUGAUUUUUGCUUCACAAUCCCAUAUGGGAUGAUUGUAGGUUGCGGGGGGCUCAUUGGUUUCAUCAGAAAAGGAAGCACCGCUUCUCUUGGCGGAGGUCUUGCCACCGGCUUGUUGCUUCUCCUGGCCGGUUAUCUCAGUCUCAAUGCUUUUCAUAAGAAGAAAAACUCAUUUCUUGCCUUAAUUCUCGAGACUGUUUGUGCUGCAGCACUCACGUGGGUCAUGGGGCAAAGGUAUGCUGAAACAUCAAAGAUAAUGCCAGCUGGUAUGGUUGCAGGGAUCAGUAUGGUCAUGACUCUGUUUUAUCUCUACAAGCUUGCUACAGGUGGGAACCAUUUUCCUACCAAGACUGAGUGAUGUCAUUGAUUAUUUCUUCUGUUGCUAAUCCAACACUUGUAUGUAUCAAAGCUACAAAACCUAGUUUGAACAUGAAAACUAGUAUUGGUUAUUGUAAUGAAAAAGAGCUUAACUUAACUGUUGUAAAAUUGCGAUUCAGCGCUAAUCAGCUAUUCAGUUGUGUUUCUUA